AUGAGUGGAGAGAUGGAAGAAACCGUUACAAACAGUCACACCUCUAAACCAAAUAAUGAGAUUGCCAUUAGGAUUCCCUCCACCCCUCUCAUCUCAAGUAUCCUUCUCAUCUUCCCCAUCCGAUGGGAAUACUCAUCAAAUGUACACUCAUCCCUCUUCCUCUCAGAGAGCACCCCUCUGACUCAGCAAGGUCUCAAUCUUGACCGCCAGGGUCCUUCAAAAACUGCCCCAUCCCUUGUUCUCUGUUGCCCUGGUUACCGCUUUUCAUUCAGCUUUUUAAAAGUGGAACAGUUGUUGAAUGAAGAAGGUUUUCCCCUCUUCUUCUUUGAUGUGCCUCCUGAUCUUGAAGCACCAAGCCCAGAAACACCAAAACAAGAUGUUACGCAAACUUCUGGAAGCAAAGGCAGCCCAACAUUUCCUGUGAAAAAUUCUCCUCACUUUUUACCCCUCCAGAAUGGACCUCUUCAGCAACCAGAACCAUCAGCGGCGGUGGCUGCUGUAACGGCGCCAACCAGUGCAGCCAAUCCAGCAACAGUCCCUGCUUCUAGCCAAAUAGGGGCAUCGAACCCAACACCUUUGCCUUCAUCCACUUCACCCGCCGGCGGUGUACCUUUCCCCUCUUCUUUACUAGGACAAGAAGACUUCCCCGUAUCACCCAAUGCUGUAUCGAACACAGUCAGCCCUGUUUUAAGUUCCAAAAAUUACGACAGUGUCGUCAAGUCCCCCCGUGGUUCAAACAGUGACGUUGUCCAUUCCCUUCCUUACCCCAUAUGUUCCUCGUAUUCUGACUAUACUGUCAGCUAUUCUGCCAAUCAGUAUUCGAACAAUAAGCACUCUUACCCUAAUCAAGAACCUCGGGAAAGCCAGAGGUAUCACCAUCAAAAAUUAUCGUCGAACAGUUACUAUCAGCAUCAUCAUCAGCAGCAGCCUAUCAUCAAUAAAUACUCCAACACCUCAUCAAAAGAAGUGAUAUCAAAUUCCAAAGAUGUCAUUGCCUGUGAUGGUUAUAAAAACGAAAACUAUGUAGAAAACCGGUAUGAAAAUAAAACCGGAACUGCGGAUGUAAACUACUGCGUUGGCCAAGCGUUUACAAAUGAGAAAACCUGUGAUCCACAAACGUUGUGCAAAAAGCCCAGUGCUAACAAUGUUUAUAAUUUCAAAUCCAAUGAGCUUUUAACACAAAAUUCUAGUGAAAACCCUGUCAGGAACACUACUGACAAAACGACAGGCAAGUUAGUCGGUGAACCUUAUCCAAGUGUAAACAAAAAUAAGGUUCCUAAUCGAACUACUUAUUACCAAUCUAUUGUAAACAAAUCGCAUUCGCGGCACAAAUCGAGCAGACGAGUGUUGCCAGCUAGCGCAUACGAGAACUCUAAGCAAGUGAUAAAUAACUAUCAAAACCCUAAGUCAGAAAUACCUCAAGGUCAUUCUACGAAGCCAGUGCAAUACAGUUCGUACCACUAUCCUACAGAAAAUAAGAAAAAUGAUUAUUAUCAAUCGGUAAGUUCGUCAACUGCUGGUACCACAAAUUCUUACAACUGUAAUACUUAUAAAACAGACGUGCCACAAAGUCAUUUAAGUAAUAAUGUUUAUCACAAUAAUUAUUCCGAUUCCCACUCGGUAAGUAAUUCGAGGAACUUAAAAGUUAAUUCUGAACAGUACAUAAGCGGCUACAGGGAUAAGCAAUCGACGAAUAGUGCAAUCCAUACUAGUUCUAAGACUUACAAUUACCACCACAGCAACAAAAACUACUCAGAACCACCGUCAAAACUGAAUUCUGAAAACAUUGCAUAUGGAAAUGCUGAGUAUUACCAAAAAGGAAGCGUAAAUUAUUCGAGAUCUGGCACUAAUCAAAACACUGUAAGUGACAAUUAUAAAAAUUCUAGCCACGUUUCAGAACAUUCUUCCUACUCUCAUAAAAAUCACCCCGGUUACCACCACUCAAGGACAUCAAGUGAGAAGAAUAGAAAUUACUAUCCAACUCAAGAUAAUCACUAUAAAGCAUAUCCAGAAAAUCAUUACAAACAAGAUAUUGUGCCAAAACGAAAUACCGAAGAGACACAUCCGUAUAAAAUACAAAACGAAUUGAAUAACUAUCAAAAUUAUGGGAAUUCCAACUCUUUGAAAACAAGAGAGAACACUUUACCCAAUUCGGAACCAUCCGUGAAAGUUGCAUCACAUGAUCUCACCCCAAAUCAGCCUGAAACAGUACAGACGGUCCAACCACCAGUUCCAGAUAAUAUUUACCCUACAUCUUCUAGCAAAGAUAAGACCACUCCAUUUUAUCCUUACAGUGAAUCCACUCAUUAUCAUCACAAACGAACUCCUCCGCCAUCUUCGAAGCUUCAGACUUCAUUUGAUGCACCAAAAGAAAGUACUGAUACAUCUCGAGUAUCUGCAACGAAUUCAACAGGGCCCAAUUAUCCAUCUCAAAGACCAACUGUAAAUUCACCCAUCACUAUUCAAGACAAUUCGCGAAGUUCUGGAAAGACAUUGUGGAGUCCUACUGCGAUAUCAGCUUCCGGCACAAGUAGCAGCAGAGAAGUUGUACCUCCUUCUGGUCGUGAUAGUCAAAGUUCGCACAGCAAUAGCAGUAUCUCCAGUCUAAGUCAACUCAGUCAGUCGCUGGGACCAGCUCCUCAAGGAACGUCCGGACAAUCUUCAAAAGAAUUCAGUCGUGAAGGACGGAGUAGCAGUAACGGACACAGUCGUAGUAGUUCCAGAAACGAGACGCCAGUGUCCAGUGCGGCCCUUGGAGCAGCACCAGUAACAAGUUCACAUACAUCAUCAUCUUCUUCUUCCUAUGGAGUAUCUGGAAGUUUGACAAGUCUUAUAUUUUCCAAACCAUCCUGGACUAGUCCAAGUGUUACUACUGUUCUUACGAAUCCACAAUCUCACUUUACUCCACCUGCGACUGGGCGAAUCAGUUCACCAGUGCCCAGUAUACUUCCUCUGGCACCUUCCCUGCCCAAUAGUCAUCACAGUUCUCCAUUCAGCAAUCAUUCCUCGUCAUCGUCUGCUCUUAAUCCGGCUGCUGGCCACCACGUAAUGUUCGCACCUCCCUUGCCGCCAGCAGGAUCUUUAUCGUCACCUAGUCUUCCUCUGGCAACGGCCCCUGGGCCAUCCCUCUUUGGAGCUUCAGAAUCUCUGUUUGCUCCACCACCUAAUCAAGAUCUUUUGAACAUUCGAAGAGAAUUGGACACACGAUUUCUCGCCUCUCAAGACAGGUCCAUCAACGUCCCCCCUCCUCCCUACUUGCGUGCUGAGAUGCACCAGCAUCAACAUCAACAUACACACAUGCAUCAACAUAGUCCAUUUCUUCCACCCCCUCUGGGAAGUCCCCUUCUACCACCAUCUGCAGCUCAUCUGUACGACAAGUUCCCAAAAGUUGACUCAAGUUUCUACGGCAGAAACGCUCUGGGCUUGCCUACUUAUCCGUCAUUAUCUCCUCUUUUGGCUCCUGGUUCUGCAACUGCUACACCAACGCCUUUUGCACCACCUGGAGCUUUGGCAGCUUUUCAACCAAAGAUAUCUCCAUUGGUAAAGACAAAAAGUGUUAAACCUGGUCGGUGGUGUGCCAUGCAUGUAAGAAUAUCUUGGGAGAUCUAUCGUCAUCAACAGAAGCAACAGGCUGACUCGCAAAAAGGGGGCACAGGGCCCUCAAAGGGAAUGUCGGACCUGUUGCGACCCCCUAAUCAUCUUUUCAGCUCCAUUCCAAGACCACACGAACUUGGUUUCUCUUCAUCUCUGCUUGGUGCUGCAUCAUCUAUACCUGGCCGUUCACCAUAUGAAGUUACUCCUCAGCAUCCUGGGUUCUUAGGGCCUACACCUGCACAUUUAGUCGACUCUCUCCAUCAAAAUUGUUUACCUGAACAUUUACUUUCUUGUAUUACACCAUUUGCCCGUCCAGCAUAUCCAACAUUAGGUGUUCCUGGAAAUAGUUUUGGAGGUCUUGGAGGAUUAAGUUUGGCUGGAGCCAGCAUGUUAGCCGGUCGAGAACUAGGGCCUGGUUACUUGAGCAUGGCGCAGGAUCCGUGGAGCCGAUUGCACAGAACACCUCCCAACUUCUCCUCACCCUCCUCACUCACGCCAUCAGCGUGGGGUGGUUUGAAAGCGGAAGCUGAGAAAGAUCGAGUCCAGAAACGAGAUGAGCAAGAACAAAGAGAGAAAGAAAAGGAAAAACUCAAGAAAGCAGAGUCAGAAAAAAGAGAGAGUGAAAAAUCAAAAGAAAUUUCUAGGGAAAGUAAAAGAGAACAUGAAAAACAAAAAGAAAGAGACAGGGAGAAUAGAGCGAGUCACAUUAGCAGCAAUCCUGAAGUCAUCAGGAAUGGAGAGAUAGCUUCAGACAGAAAUCGAGAAUGGGAAAGAUCUCGAGAAAGAAGGGAUUCGUCGAGAUCCCCUAUACGUUCAACGCACAAGUCCGACGUCACAUUUGAUGGCAGCAGCUCUGGGCACAACAGCAGCAAAUCCGACGUCAAAGUGAAAGAGGAAAAAAAGGAGGAUGACCACAAUAAAGAAUCAAAUUCCGCCAAUCCCAGUGGUACAACCUCGGCAGACAGAGAGAGAGCCAAAUCGAACGAGCUGUCCCAUUCAGAGUCAAACUCAGACUAUAUGUCCCGGGGUAUGAUCCCGGGACUUCCUAUGGGUCUCAGCGCUUCCGAACAGGCCAGACUCUCUGGAUCUCUAGCUGCCAUGUCCCAAGUUCCACCACCUCAUUUCUGGAAUCCAUUACCACCGCCUCAGUCUUCAGCGGCAGAGCGGUACCGCAGUCUGGAACUGCAACAAGCGCGGGAUAUGGACCGUGAACAAUUGAUGCAAAAAUAUGCCUCUAUUUCAUCUGUGAUGCCUUUGAUUCCCGAACGAUAUCGGGAAGCAGAACUUGCUAGACAUUUGUCCUCUUCAGAGGCCGCCGCCAGAGAGGUGGAAAGGCAGCUACAAGCUGACAGAGACAGGCAAGUGUACGAACGCACAAAACUGCCGCCUCCACCCUUGAGGCCUAAUGAUCCACCGUAUGUUGGUGGACCACCACCAGGGCCUUUACCACCUGGUGGAAUGUUUCCAUCACUCGGAAAUCCUUUCUUGAACAGUUUAUGUGUGUCAAAUUAUCCUCCCAGAACCAAGCCAGGCUCUCCAGCAAGCAUUGGCAAUGGUAUACCUCCACCUUUAAUACCUUGUGUCAGUCAAGGGAGUAGCCCUGUCGCAACUAGUACACCCUCGCCUUUGCAUUUAAAACUGGGGACACCCUCUAAUUCAAGUGUUGAAGCUAGUAGGGAACAUUAUACCUCUAAAGAUAGGCGUGAGAUGAGCAGUCAUUCUGCGACAGAACUUGAAUCUCAAUCUAGAUAACAAAUUAUUUCGAUGCAAAUUUUUUGUAGAAUUUAGAGAAUAACAGCUAUUGCUUAUUUACAGUAUUAGCCAAAUCUAAGAUGAAGUCUGAAAAUCCUCAGGAUAAUUCAAAAAUAUUAUAAUUUUUAAAACAAAUCAGAAAAAAACUAGAGUAAUUGAUGUAAAAAUAUAUAUAUAUAUGUUAUAAGAACAAGGCCGGUGCAAUUAAAUCUAAUCAUCUUUCCGAGAAAAAAAAUUCUCUUACUUAUGUUACAUUCGGGAAGCAGAAGAGUGCUUUUUAUAUGAAAUCUAGAAAUUAAUUUAUUCUAAACCUGAGGUACUUCAUAUAAAAAAACUUUUUAAAGCACAGCACUUCACCAUAGCUGUUGUUACUCAUUAAUGCUGUUGUUAAUUGCCCAUUACUUGUUUGAAAUAAUUCAUGUUGUAAGCUGUGCAAAAUAUAGAUCAUCCCCAUUUUUAAUUUAUGAAAAAAAAUGUGUGUUCAACCUUUGCUUGUAAAGUGAACGUUAAGCUUGCACAUAUCAGCUGAAAAUAAUGCAUAUUGUGAUGAAACUUAAAAAAAACAUUCAUUUGUUUAUACUCCAGUCGAGUUGGAUGUUUUUUGAAAUGCAUCUUAAUUCUGGCAAUGUGAAUAAUAUAGCACAAUUAUAUUAAAACAUUUUCAGUGUACAAAUUACAUUUUCCCAUGCUUUUAUUUUAAAAAUGAUUCAGUAUGUAGAUUUGCGUCUGCGUCCUCUGGAUGAAGAUGUUGUUGAAGCAGCUAAAUAUAUAAAGAAAUUUUUAAUGGAAAUGAAAUUGAAAAUGACAAUUCAGUUUCGCAGCCCAUUCAAAAUAUCGCUGAAUUAGUUAUAUAUUUUUUCAGCUGCAUUUAAAAUAUAUCUCCUAAAUCAUUGUGACUUUCAUUCAAUGUUCUGUUGUUGAAAAAUGCUCUUGAAAUUAAAAUUACUAGUCUUGCCAUGGAGACAAAUGUCUACAGAAUUAAUUUUCUGUUUCUAUUUCAAUUGUAUAUAAUAAAUAGAUUGACUAUCAUGA